AUGGCAGAAAAAAAGAAAUGCCGUAAAUCUAUUACCUUGGAUAUGAAGCUUAAAAUUAUUAGAUUGUAUGAUGAAGGUGUAAUUCAAGCUGAAAUAGGCAGAAAGCUAGGCUUCACUAGGACCACAAUUAACACAGUCAUGAAGAACAGACAAAAAAUUGUUGCAGAAGUUAAAAGUGCUACACCUGUUAACACCACAACAAACCGAAAAAGGGAUAGCAUUGUUGCAGACAUGGAGAGACUCCUAAUACUUUGGAUAGAAAAUCAGACAACACGCUAUGUUCCUGUAAACCAGGCAAUUAUACAAAGUAAAGCCUUAAGCUUAUUCAAUGACCAGAAGGCUAAGAAAGGUGAAGCAGCAAAGGAUGCUGAAUUUGUUGCAAGCCGUGGAUGGUUUGAUAGGUUUAAGAAGAGGUCUAAUCUACAUAACAUCAAAGUACAAGGAGAGGCAGCUGCUGCAGAUACUGAGGCUGCAGAAAGCUAUCCAAGUGAUUUUGCAAAAAUUAUUGAAGAUGGAGGCUACUCCAUGGAUCAAAUUUUUAAUGUGGAUGAGACUGGUCUAUUCUGGAAGAAGAUGCCUGCAAGAACUUUCAUUGCAAGACAGGAAAAAUCAAUGCCAGGCUACAAGCCAGCUAAAGAUAGAAUAACCCUUCUGUUAGGUGGCAAUGCUUCUGGUACCUUAAAGCUAAAGCCUUUGUUUAUUUACCGUUUUCAAAAUCCAAGAGCUUUGAAGAACUACGUUAAAACUAGACUUCCAGUACAUUGGAGGGCUAAUGAAAAAGCAAGGGUGAAAGCGUAUUGCAAGGACAAUAAUAUCCCUUUCAACAUUUUGCUGCUUGUUGAUAAUGCUCCUGGACACCCUCGAAUGCUAGAUGAGCUCAACCCUAACAUUAGAGUGGAAUUCCUACCACCAAAUACCACCUCAUUACUGCAGCCCAUGGAUCAAUGUGUCAUAGCUGCCUUCAAGUUAAACUACUUAAAAAGAACAUUCAGUAAGUGUAUUGCAGCAAUAGACAAAGAAGAAGGUGCAGGGCAAGAAGUCCUAUCGAAAUUCUGGAAAAGCUACAACAUCUUGGAUUGCAUUAAAACUGUAAGAGAUGCUUGGAAUGACAUAAAGGAUACCACAAUGAAAAGGGCCUGGAAAAAAUUAUGCCCACAGUUAGCUGUUGAUUCUGAAGACGUUGAUGAUUCUGUAGCUAAUGUUACUGAAAAUAUUGUAGACAUGGCAAGGCAGUUAGAGCUGGAACUUUCCGUCAUCUUGAUAGCGCCAUGGCUCUUUUUGAAAAGCAUGAUAGGGACUGAAAGAAGCUCCACAGUCAAUGGUAACAUUUCAGGGGCUUAUUCCUGUUACAAAGAAAUCUACAGAGAAAAGAAGAGAGCUACACUUCAAACCUCCAUAGAGACUUACUUUUCUAAAAGUCCAUCAGCACGCAGAUCAUCAUCAUCGACAGACAGUCAUUUGGAUUCCAGAUCAUCAACAUCAACUGACAGUCCAUUUCCAGCUCUGACAUCACCACCCAGUCCUGCUCCUUCUGUUAUUGCUACUUGUAGUACACCCAAUUCGCCAGCAAGAAAGCGUCUCGCCUUUGAAGAGUUGACUUGUGAAACAGAAGAUACCAGUAUGACUUCAUCCUUACUAGAAUAA